AUGGUCGCCGCAUUCCUCGCCAACGGCAGGGGCUGGCGUGAGCUCAAGAAGCGACUCGAGCGCGACUAUGAUUUCCUGGAGACGAUGAAGUCGCGCAGCUACCCGUACACACCAGCCGAAUAUGCCCGCUAUCGAGACGAGCACAUCAAGACGCCCGAGGAGCUGCUUGUGUGGAUCGAUCGCCACGCAGCAGGCAAAGAUGCCUUCAAGGACAGCAUUGUGGCGAUAUUCCCGGCCAUCGCUGAGCGAGUCGAGCAGGCAGUCGCUGCACUCCCCGAGCUCCAGCAAGACCAUCGAGUAUCGUGGCUCAAUGAUAUCAUCGUCCCGCUCAUGGGCGUGAGUGUCCAGGACAUUCGCAGCAAGUCAGAAUACGACGACUUUGCCACGAGCAGCUACCAGGUCACUCCGGCAUCCGCUGUUCAGAGCUUCCUGAGCAUCGGCGACGAGGGCCAAGAAAGCAAAUUCAGGUGGUUCGCUAGGAACCUGGUCAGAUACCUUUACGAACGCCAUCUCUGGAACGUCGCGGAGCACGACUUGUUGACGAAGCAGCAGGACCCAUCCGAAUUCGCCAGUCUCCUGACGAUCAGCGAUCUCAAGACGAUGCUGCUGGAGCAUGGACUUCGCCAUCGCGGCAUGAGCCGACGAUCAGACAGCAAGCUCUGUGAUCUCUACGCCACGAACAAGAAGCAGAUCCAGCUCUUUGACGUGGUCCAGCGCAUGUGCGAGAUGCGGACGUUGUUCGAGGUGUAUGAUGCAAGCUAUCGGGAGUAUCGGGAAGCCAACGACCUUGACUGGAGAGAACCAGUCGAGUUUGAGGACCUCGAGCCGUUUGCUGUGAGGAGUUGCUCUGACGAGAUCAAUCGUGGCUACCCACUUGUCCACAAUCGCAGGUGGUGA